CGCAUCACCCCGCCGGCCCGGUGAGGGGCGGGGGUGGGUGCGGCGGGGGUCCCGGGGCGGCCAAGCACCAAAGAAGGACUGAAGGGCGGCCAGAGGUCACGGGAGCCGACGGAGUGGAGGGGGCAUCGGAUCGACCCCUGGCAGCCCCGCCCCGGCUCCUGUCGGCCUAUGGACCCCCCCGCGGCCAAACGGAGCCGGGGCGCCCCCGCAGGACCGGAGGAACGAGAUGCCGGGGCCGGGGCCGGGGUCGCGCGCGGCCGGGGCCGGCCCGAGGCGCUGCUGGAGCUCAGUGCCAAGCGAGUGGCCGAGAGCUGGGCCUUCGAGCAGGUUGAAGAGAGGUUCUCCCGGGUACCAGAGCCAGUCCAGAAACGCAUCGUGUUCUGGUCCUUUCCACGCAGUGAGCGGGAAAUAUGCAUGUACUCGUCGCUGGGUUACCAGCCCCCAGAGGGCGAGCAUGAUGCCAGGGUGCCCUUCACCCGAGGGCUGCAUCUACUGCAGAGCGGGGCUGUGGACCGCGUUCUACAAGUGGGGUUCCACCUGAGCGGGAAUGUGCGGGAGCCAGGGGGCACUGGUGAGCCCGAGCGUCUCUACCACGUCUCCAUCAGCUUUGACCGCUGCAAGAUUACAUCCGUGAGCUGCGGCUGCGACAACCGUGACCUCUUCUACUGUGCCCACGUGGUGGCCCUGUCGCUGUACCGCAUCCGGCACGCCCGCCAGGUGGAGCUGCGGCUGCCCAUCUCUGAGACGCUGUCGCAGAUGAACCGGGACCAAUUGCAGAAGUUUGUCCAGUACCUCAUCAGUGCCCACCACACCGAGGUGCUGCCCACCGCCCAGCGUCUGGCUGACGAGAUCCUCCUGCUGGGCUCUGAGAUCAACCUGGUGCACGGUGCCCCAGACCCCACAGCGGGAGCGGGCAUCGAGGAUGCCAACUGCUGGCACCUGGAUGAGGAGCAGAUCCAGGAGCAGGUGAAGCAGCUGCUGUCCAAUGGCGGCUACUAUGGCGCCAGCCAGCAGCUGCGCUCCAUGUUCAGCAAGGUGCGGGAAAUGCUGCGGAUGCGGGACUCCAACGGGGCACGCAUGCUGAUCCUCAUGACAGAGCAGUUCCUGCAGGACCCACGCCUGGCACUGUGGCGGCAGCAGGGCGCAGGCAUGACUGACAAGUGCCGACAGCUGUGGGACGAGCUGGGGGCCCUGUGGGUCUGCGUUGUCCUGAGCCCCCACUGCAAGCCCGAGGAGCAGGCAGGCUGGCUGCAGCUGCUAUGGAAGUGGGACAAGCUGGACGUGUGCCCCCUGGAAGAGGGCAACUACACCUUUGACGGCCCCAGCCUGCAGCCCACAGUGGCCCCCAGCUCAGAGCUGCUGCAAAAAGGCUCCACCAGCAUCACCAACACGGAAGGAUGGGUGGGCCACCCACUGGACCCCAUUGGCUGCCUCUGCAGAGCACUCCUGGAGGCCUGUCGCCUAGAGGAAGAGACCCUCUCUCUUUACCCAGACUUAGGCCCUGAGAAGCGGAAGGUGGCCUACCAGCACGUGCCCGUGCCUGGGAGCCCUGGCGAGUCCUACUUCUCGAUGGCGCUGGAGGUGGCGCUGCUGGGCCUGGGGCAGCAGCGGGCCCUGCCCGAGGGGCUGUAUGCCCAGGACAAGGUGGUGCGCAGCGAGGAGCAGCUGCUGGCCCUGCUGGAGGAGGUGGAGCUGGACGAGCGGCUGGUGCAGGUGCUGCGUAAGCAGGCGGGGCUGCUGCUGGAAGGCGGUCCCUUCAGCGGCUUCGGGGAGGUGCUGUUCCGGGAGAGCGUGCCCAUGCACACCUGUGCCCGCUACUUGUUCACCGUGCUGCUGCCCCACGAUGCCGACCUGGCCUACCGCCUGGCACUCCGAGCCAUGAGGCUGCCUGUACUGGAGACGGCAUUUCCGGCUGGAGAACCACACCCCAACCCACUGGACUCCAUCAUGAGUAACCGCUUCCCCCGCUGGUUCAUCCUGGGCCACCUGGAGACCCGCCAGUGUGAGCUGGCUUCUGCCAUGCUGACGGCCGCCAAGGGAGACCCCAAGUGGCUGCAUGCGGUGCUGGGCUCCAUUCAGCAGAACAUCCACUCACCAGCCCUGCUCUUCAAACUGGCACAGGAUGCCUGCAAGACGGCCACCCCAGCCAGUGCACCACCCGACACCACGCUGCUGGGCAUUGCACUGGAGCUGGGCUUACAGGUGAUGCGAAUGACCCUGAGCACCAUGACCUGGCGUCGCAGGGAGAUGGUGCGCUGGCUGGUCAGCUGCGCCACAGAGAUCGGCCCACAAGCACUGAUGAACAUCAUGCAAAACUGGUACUCCUUAUUCACACCAGUGGAGGCGGCUACCAUAGUGGCUGUGACGGGUACCACGCAUGCCACGCUGCUGCGGCUACAACUGGAUGGGCCACGGCGUGAGGAGCUCUGGGCCUGCGCCCGCACCCUGGCCUUGCAGUGCGCCAUGAAGGACCCGCAGAACUGUGCCUUGCCCGCCCUCACCCUGUGUGAGAAGAACCACGCGGCCUUUGAGGCCGCAUACCAGAUCGUGCUGGAUGCUGCGGCCGGCGGCCUGGGCCACGCCCACCUCUUCACCGUGGCCCGCUACAUGGAGCACCGGGGCCUGCCGCUGCGAGCCUACAAGCUGGCGACGCUGGCCCUGGCGCAGCUGAGCAUUGCCUUCAACCAGGACAGCCACCCGGCCGUCAACGACGUUCUCUGGGCCUGCUCGCUCAGCCACUCCCUGGGUCGCCAUGAGCUCUCGGCCAUCGUGCCACUCAUCAUCCGCGGCGUCCACUGCGCCCCCAUGCUCUCCGAUAUCCUGCGCCGCUGGACCCUCUCGGCCCCUGGCCUGGGUCCCCUGGGGGCCCGCCGGGCUGCCAAGCCCCUGGGCGCAGACCGGGCACCCCUCUGCCAGCUCCUGGAGGCUGCGGUGGCGGCCUACAUCACCACCAGCCACUCGCGCCUCACGCACAUCAGCCCACGGCACUAUGGGGACUUCAUCGAGUUCCUGGGCAAGGCCCGGGAGACCUUCCUGCUGGCGCCCGACGGGCACCUUCAGUUCGCCCAGUUCUUGGAGAACCUCAAACAGACCUACAAGGGCAAAAAGAAGCUCAUGCUUUUAGUGCGGGAACGUUUCGGCUGAGGGGCCAGGGCAGUCCCCCUUGUCCCCUGCCCCCUGGCUCCCUCUCCACAGGGGGCCUCGGCAAUGGAGGUCCAGGUGGCAUUUCAGUAUUAAGUCAGGGAAGGAGCCGGGCGGGAUCAAGAUGG